UGCGGCUUAGAAAAGGCCAUUAAUACAUUUACUGAAAAUCAGGUUCAGUUGGAUCAAGUAGAGCGACUAACAGAGAAUGAGGUUAAAGAGCUUCUGCCAAACGUUGGGGAUAGGGUUCGAUUCAGGGACGCUGUAGAGAUCAAGACAUCGAAUAAAAGAAGCACAAAUGUUGGCGAGAAAAACUCUAAUUUUCCAUCGAAAAAAAUGAAGAUGACAUCCCGUAAAGAAGACCGUAAAGCUCACAUCGUUAAGAUUCUAAGAACGGACAAGACUAAAAAACAAAAGUUAGUUGAUGCGGCCGAUUCUAUGUUCAAAGAAUAUUCUAAUGAUUGGUUGGAAGAAAGACGCAAUAUAAACCCGGACUGGCAGAUGAUUGACUUCGAAAAUGGAGUGAUAAACUGCCCAUUUUGUCAAACAACGAUUACUCCACAAAUCAGAAACACUCGCAAAUUUUAUUGGAACUAUACCAACAUAAGACGUCACUUGGACUUGGUACAUCCAACAGGAGGAGCCGACGAUGUUGACGUGAAUUCCGUUUUAGAAACCACGCUGGGUGAGACCAAUUCGAAUUCCGAUGAUCAUGCAGCAUUGACUACAAGUGUCGCAUCAGUUGGCUCUUCUAUGAGAAAAUUGAAGGUCUCAUUGCAUCGCAUUGAACCAACUAUGUACAACAAUCAACGUACAACAUUCCAUCAAUCGCGGCCGUCACCUAAUUAAAACGACAUUCAAUCCGAAAACAAUAUGGAAACUG